UGUGGGGCCCGCGGGCAGACACUCUGCGUGCGGGGCGCCGGAGGGAGGGAGCCAGGCCCGGGCCGCAGGCUGACCCUGCUGCGGCCUGAAGGAGUCCCGGACGGGGGGCUGGGUGGGGCGGCCUUCAAACUCAGGGGCUGCUCCUUCUUGGAACAUUGAUUUCGCCACCUCUGCCUCCCCAAUCUUUUGCUUGACCAAACUCUCCGUGGCCGCCAGAUCCCUGACUUGGUAACCAUGUGCGACCGAAAGGCCGUGAUCAAAAACGCCGACAUGUCGGAGGAGAUGCAACAGGACUCGGUGGAGUGUGCAACUCAGGCGUUGGAGAAAUAUAACAUAGAGAAGGACAUUGCGGCCCAUAUUAAAAAGGAGUUUGACAAGAAGUACAACCCCACCUGGCACUGCAUCGUGGGGAGGAACUUCGGUAGUUAUGUGACACAUGAAACCAAACACUUCAUCUACUUCUACCUGGGCCAGGUGGCCAUUCUUCUGUUCAAAUCUGGUUAAACGCAUGGACUGUGUCACACACCCAGUGAUCCAUCCAAAACCAAGGACUGCAGCCUAAAUUCCAAAUACCAGAGACUGAAAUCUUCAGCCUUGCCUAGGGGAACACCUCAAUCUUUGAACCUUUAUUGUGUUGUGUUGUGCAGGGUAUUCUCUGUACAAAUUUGUUGUGGUUAUAAAACAAUUAGCAAAACAGCUUACAUUUGUAUUUAUUUUCUAUUCCAUACCUCUGCCCCAUGUUUUUUCUCCUCAAAAUCCAUUCCUUUAAUAAAUCUGUUGGAGAAGUG